UCGUUGUACCUGUAACUAUGGGGAUGUAUACAAGUAUGGCUGUUGAACAAUGCCAGUGUAAAUAAUUCACUUGUCGCAUCCGCAGUUUUACAGACGCAUCGACAAUUUCAAGAUGACAAUGAACCAGAAAAUCAAUGAAUGUGGCUGGUUUUAUCAUGCGCCGGAAAGACGCAAGGUUGAUGCUGAGCCAGUUGAAGUUCCUUUAACCUCCCAGAUUCCAGGCCUCAGUGAUCUCCCACCAGAGUUUGAUGAUAAGCCACGCGAAAUGUACUUCAAAGACACUGAUACAAAGUACAUAAGACUUGCAAAACAAGGAGGCAGGAAAGACCUCCUUCAGAUUAAUAGUUGUACCCCCAAGACCAGCGAGCCCCGGGGGUACCCGAGAGUGGAAUGGUUCUACCUGGAAGACAAUGCUGUGGAGGAUGCUGCUAAAAAGGAAGAAACCAACUGGGAGUUCCUGCUGCCAGAGUACAUGGUUCACGACUCAAAGAAAGCUGCUGGUGUAGACUUUGAGCCAGAGAGUAUCAGCAGUCUUAAGGAGAGGCGGGCGCCUUAUGCAUUCGACCUAGCCACAGCCUAUCAGAGGGAGGGACAGGCACUCACAGACAAGACAGUCAAGUUGCCGGAAGAGAUACCAGCGGGGUACGGCAUCCGGAACAGCAAACCACCUCAUGCCAAGAAGCAGGCAGCUCAGGGGCGGAGAGCUGUCGGGAACGCACAAGGGGAUAAACCCAAACACAAAUCUGCACAGUCGUCGGAAGCUAAAGCUGAGCGGCCUGCGAUGGACAAACUUCUGUCGUAUGCCUAUGACAAGGAAUGGCAUGGCAAGAUGAAGGACCUUCAUGAGAAGCAGGACAAGCACAAGGUGGCAGAUGGCAGUCUCAAGUCUGAGUAUAGAGAUACUUUCCACAAGUCAGCCGGGAGCACUCGAACCAGGAGAGAUCGCACAGUAGAUAUUCUUACUGACAAGAUUACUGACCGCACAGCUCACAGACGCAACAGCACAGAGGAAAAAGAACCAUUCAAACUUACAAAGUUCAAGAACGUUCCAGCUCGCAUUGACACGCACCAGAAACCAGACACACAGAGGAGCCUGGCUGCAAGCGAACAAAAAUAAGACAAAUUCUAACUUCAGUCCAUUUUAAGUAUCUACGUAUAUGUUAAAAUAUGUAGAUACUUCAUGCCAUACAGUAUAUUUCAUCAGAAAGUGUACAUGGGACAGUGCUACCAGGACUCACUUGCACAAAGCGAUCUUAGUGCUAAGACGAUCGUAAGCCUAUGUUAAUGUGUGGGAGUUACGAUCAUCUUAGUCCUAAGAUCGCUUUGUGCAAGUGGGCCCAGGACUCAAGGUUCUUUCAGAAAGGGAUACUUGAUGCCCGUUGAGUGUACGUUUGUUCAAUUGUUCAGUUCAUUACUCACUGUGUACACUGAUGGUGCUUUUGUUUCUCCUGGUUACCAUAGCAACAAGAAGAUGCCACAGAGCAACACAAGAAAUGUUUUGAUGCAUUUUGUUGUUUUAUAUCUUAAUAUCAUUUUUAUCACUUCCACAAUAUUUACCUCCAUUUAACAUUUUUAAUCUGCUCACAAACACAAUUUGCCAAAAAGAACAGUUGAAUUUUUCUUUUUUUUACAGAAAUUAUUAACAAUUCUUUUUUAGAUCUCUUGUUAAAUAUUAUUUAUGCUUUAUUCCUGAACUAGACCAUGUUGUUUCAUAUCGAGAUAGAUAACUCAGAGGUUAAAAAACAACUUUGUUUACAUUCCAGUCAAAACCUAGACAUCCUCUUCCUGGGCAAUACAGCAUUAUGAUUGUAGUCACAGCAGGUAAAAUGCUAUUUUUGUAUUGUGGUAGACCAGGUUUUUUUACUGUGAUAUAAAUGAACGUCUGUUUAAUUUUUAUUGCCAAAAAUAAACUGAUACCCAAACA